AACACACUUAAACACUUAAAGGACCUUUUGGUCAUAGGCCGAGGCGUUCCAGCGUCAUGUCCCCAUUAUGACUGGUGUGUUUGCACUGGUUUGGGUUCGUAUUGUACUGGUACCCAGUUAGUUCGGUGCAACCGGAGGGUUCUCUUCCACUGAGGGGAACACGUGACUAAAACAUGAGAGGACCUGUCCCGAAGAAACCUACAGCUGUUCUUCAUAGACCUGAAGAAAUGUCCGUCUUCCCACGGGUCUCCCUCCGACCUGAGGUCUACGAACAUCUGAGACACGUCUUCCUGAACCAGGAGCUGCUGGCCGCCGUCGGCCGGGCCGAGGCGGAGCGGCGCUUCCAGGGGCUGCUGCUGGUGCUGUCUCACCCCCCGGGGUUCACCUGCGUCCGGGCCAGCACCCACCUGGCCCCGCUGGAGGAGGUCCGCCGCCGGCUGGCCCAGGAGCUGCAGCAGCGGCAGCAGAGGUCCGGCUCGCCGGCGGCGGUUGCCGUGGAGAUUCUCUUGCAUCCCCGGGUUCCAGAUGUGCUGCUUCUGCCGGUCAUCGGGCCCAGGUCCCUGGUCCCACUGAGGUCAGAGGUCGUUGUGGGGGCCCAGUGUGGCUCCGCCGUGUUGAGGGGCGCAAACGUCUUCGCCCCGGGGAUCGUGGCCACGCCCAAGUUCAUGAAGCCGGGCGACGCGGUGUCGGUGUUCUCCGACGUGGACGGCCGCUGCACCCGGGGGUGCACCAAGCCCUUCCAGGGGAACAAGGUGUUUGUGGGUAAUGGAGUCUCCGAGAUGCACCGCGCCACCAUCUUCGCCCAGGAACCCGCCAAGGGGUUGGGGGUCCGCAUGACGGAGCCGCUCUACCAGAGCCCCUCCUUCGAUGGGGUCCUGCCCGACCUGGUCUUCCUGCAGAACCUCCCCUCGGUGGUGGUGGGUCAUGUGUUGGGCCCGCGCCCUGGGGAGCGCGUCCUGGACAUGUGUGCAGCUCCGGGGGGGAAGACCUGCCACCUGGCCGGGCUCAUGAAGAACCAGGGGGAGGUGCUGGCUCUGGACCGCAUCAAGAACAAGGUGGAGCUGAUCCGUCAGAACGCCGCGGCGCUGCGGCUGACGUGCGUCCGGGCCUUCUGCUUCAACAGCACCCAGGCCGUGACCUCCGACCCCGCCCUGCUGGCCACUGAUGGCCCUCCGUUCCCUCCCUCCUCCUUCGACCGGGUCCUUCUGGACGCCCCCUGCUCUGGUCUGGGCCAGAGACCCAGCAUGACGGUGGGCUGGAGCCUGAAGGAGAUCACCUCCUACAGCCCCCUGCAGCGCAAGCUGCUCCACGCGGCGGUGCAGCUGCUGCGGCCGGGCGGGGUCCUGGUCUACAGCACCUGUACCGUGACUCUGGCGGAGAACGAGGAGCAGGUGGCCUGGGCCCUGGACACCUACCCCUGUCUGAGCCUGGUACCCCAGGAGCCCCACGUCGGGGGCCCGGGGCUGCCAGGCGCCGGUCUGACCCCUGAUCAGCUGAAGCUCCUCCAGAGGUUCAGUCCAGAGCUGAGCAACGUGGCUCCUCCCCUCUCCACUGAGGCCCCUCCUCCCCUCUCCAAUGAGGCUCCUCCCCUCUCCACAGAGGCACCUCCUCCCCUCUCCAAUGAGGCUCCUCCCCUCUCCACAGAGGCCCCUCCCCUCUCCCACCAGGCUGACCGUGACACUAUUGGUUUCUUCAUCGCCAAGUUCCUGAAGAACUGAGCGGUUCUCCUGGACCAGAGAGCUGAGCUGGGUUUUUCUGAAGGUUCUCCUGGACCAGAGAGCUGAUCUGAGUUCUCCUGAACCAGAGAGCUGAUCUGGGUUCUCCUGAACGUUCUCCUGGACCAGAGAGCUGAUCUGGGUUCUCCUGAACAUUCUCCUGGACCAGAGAGCUGAUCUGGGUUCCCCUGAACCAGGGAGCUGAUCUGGGUUCUCCUGAACGUUCUCCUGGACCGGAGAGCUGAUCUGGGUUCUCCUGGACCAGGGAGCUGAGCUGGGUUCUCCUGAACCAGAGAGCAGAUCUGGGUUCUUCUGAACGUUCUCCUGGACCAGAGAGCUGAGCUGGGUUCUCCUGAACCAGAGAGCUGAUCUGGGUUCUCUUGAACGUUCUCCUGGACCAGAGAGCUGAGCUGGGUUCUCCUGGACCAGAGCGCUGAUCUGGAUACAUCUGAACGUUCUCCUGGCUUAAGUUAUAGGGUUUAGUUUUUGGUUUUUGGGUCAGAGUUUCCUAUUAGAGGUUAAGGUUAUAGGGUUAGUUUUUUUUGUACAAUGGUUGGGUUACAGCUAAGGGUAACCUAUAAGGGUUUUGGUUCUAGGAUAAGGGUUUUGGUUCUGAAGUUAGGGUUUCAUAUCUGCUUCCAAGGUAAGGGUUUCUAUGGUUAGGGUAAGGAUAAGGUGGUCUAUUAGGAUUCAUGUUCUAGGGUUUCAGGGUUAAGGUUCUAGGGUUAGAUAUUAGGGUUAGGUUCCUUGCAGGGGUUUUGGACUAGGAAUCAGAGGUUAUACUUGACUUUACAAUUCACACGAUGUAGAAACGUUAUGGUUCACUCGAAACCAGCAGCAGCAGGACUUGAACCCCGGUCUCCGGUGGAUUAACCCACGGUGCGCCCCACUACUCCACGGGGACGGAACAACAGACAACAACUGAGGUUAUCGAUGACCUUACAAUUCAGAUGACAUCUCUCGUUUCAAGAUUACAUCCACACACUGACGGCGAUGUCAAUACUCGACACUGAGCUAGGAGGAGCCGGGGAUCGAACCAGCGACCUUCCGGUCACCAGCCAACCCGCUCUACCUCCUGAGCCCCAUACAUCUGCGUUGAUGGGUUCAGAGGUCAACCUGAGGUUUCCACGGAGACGCCCCUCACCAGGACUUGAACCCAGCGCCAUCUUCGGCAGCGAGGAAGUCCACUCCCUCGCUCACUACAGAGCCAACCCACUAAAGAGGUCAGAGGUCAAAUGCCUCAACAACUGGGGGGGGAAAAAAGAAUGUUUAAAUUUGUAUCUCCCUUUUAUAUAUUUAUUUAUAUAAUACAUGAGUAUUCAGACAAAAACGUAUCAAUGUCCAUUUUAUUUGCUGAUGUUUAGGCCUUCACAACCAUUCUCAGAACCAGAGGAUUUAUGUAUAAUGUUUGAUGCCAACCGCUGUUCUAUUGAAGACACCUAUUAAAGUGUAAUUCCGGCGAAAAUUUAACCCAGGGUAUUUUUCGGAAUGAAAACCCAUAAAAUAAGCCAGACAGCUUUUUUCGUUGAUAAUUGAGUAUGAGCAAGAGCAAUGUCACAGCCCAAAUUACUUCAAUGUUAUUUAUUAGGGACACUGCAAACGCUUCAAAAUCUGCAUUUUUUUUCACAACAAAUAUUGCUCAAAACAGCACAAAACCUCUGCAGUAGCAUGAUUAGGGUCCCUACACAUAAAACGAAGCAUCAACAACUUGGAUAGCGUAUCGGGAGUAUAUUAAAAAAGACUGUUUUCAAAGUCUGUGCCUUACCGAUAGGUCCAUGUUUCCAGGAAAUCCACGCUGAGUCGAUUACCGACUACCGAUUCUUUAGUUUAAUUUGUUGGCGCCUCUAUUAUAUUAUUUACGGUAGCCGGUAAUCAUUCUCUGGCCUCAUCUCUGAGCUCCAACCCCUCCCAUCUGAGAGAGCUGGACCUGAGCUACAAUCACCCAGGAGACUCAGGAGCUACACUGCUCUCUGCUGGACUGGAGGAUCCACGCUGGAGACUGGACUCUCUCAGUGUAGAGAGCACGGUGGAG